GAGCGGAAUUAGUGGCCGCGAUGGAUCUUCGCUCUGGAACCGGGGUAGGUGCUAGAUUGUCUGAUUGCGAGGUUUGUCAUCUCGACCUUUAAAGAUCAUCAGUGCCCACAAUUUUCACUUCAUCGAUGCAUUUGCUUUCUCUCAUUCUUAAAUGAUUCCCUUCCCAUCGGAAAGUGGUUUGCAGUUUUAAUAUCUUUACUUGCUUACUCACUAUUGUUCUUAGUAUUUCUUGAUACGUUCAAACUUUCAUGAGUAGAAUAUCAAAGCGCAUUGAUCGCCUUUUCUCAAGUACGUUUGGGUGACAAGAAUAAGGGAAAGACUUGGUUCCCCAUAAGUCUUUGAACUAUCACUUCACUAUGACGGACCAUACAGGCCUUGAGAAGGAUGAUCUCCAUGAUUUCAAAUCCUCAAAUACAGCUUCUGUGACUCUCGCAUCUUCAUUAUCAGAUCAUGAAAAUCACUACCCUCCGCUUUCGCAUGCUCCUUCUAUCACCUCUUUAUCGUCCGAUUCAAUCAAUAGUGAUCCUCUUGCCCCUCUUGAACAGGCUCUCACUCCAAAUCUUGAAACGGUUGCCGAACAACUCGCGCAUGCCCAAUUAAGUUAUACGAGAACCGGUACAUCAUACGCGACUACUGGAUCACGGAACCCAUCAUUCGAAGUUGAUUUCGAAGACAACGAUCCUGAUGAUCCAAGGAACUGGCCUUUGUGGUAUCGAUCCUAUACAAUCUUUGCCGUUAGUUUUGCGACAUGGUCUACGGUUUUGUAUAGUUCGUCUUAUACAUCCAGCAUGCCAGGCAUGAUGAAAGAAUUCUCCGUCACAAGUGAACCACUAGCUACAUUGGGUGUGACGACAUAUUUACUCGGAUUGGCGACUGGUAGUUUGGUUCUUGCACCGUUGAGUGAGAUUUGGGGUAGAAGACCAGUUUAUAUUGGAUCCCUGGCUUUCUUCUCUUUGAUGGUUCUACCGUGUGCCUUGGCAACUUCAUUAGGGGAGGUCUUGGGUGUUAGGUUUGUUGGUGCUCUUGCAGGUGCUGCUAUGAUAUCAAACUCUCCUGGAACAGUCGCAGAUAUCACAACGGACCAAUACCGGGCAUUGGUUUUUAGUAUCUGGAGUAUUGGGCCAAUGAAUGGUCCAGUAACGGGCCCCCUCAUCGGUGGUUUUGCUGCAGAAUACUUAGGAUGGAGAUGGACAAAUUGGAUUGUGAUGAUACUUUCCGGAUGCGCUUGGAUAGCUUGCGGAUUUGUCAAAGAGACUUAUGCACCAGUCAUCUUAAUCAAGAAGGCAGCAAGAAUGCGCAAAGAAACGGGCGAUGAGCGAUAUUGGUGUCGAUACGAUCAAAAGAAGAGCUUCUAUGAGAUCUUGAAGAUUAAUCUUUCUCGGCCAUUCGUUCUAAGUACUACAGAGCCAAUUCUUUGGUUUUGGAAUACGUACAUUGCUGUGAUAUAUGGCAUCCUUUAUCUUUGUUUCGUCGCCUACCCGAUUAUUUUCACGGACAUGCGUGGAUGGAGCCUCGGCCAGACCGGUCUCGCUUUCCUAGGAAUUGGAUUAGGAACUAUGCUCGGAAUUGUUGCUGAACCACUUAUUCGCAAAAUGAUCAACUCGCAUAAGAAAGAUCCCGAGACCGGAAAAGUUCCACCCGAAGCUUCGGUCAGCAUUAUUUGUAUAGCAGCUAUUUUAUGUCCCAUCGGUCAACUCUGGUUUUCUUGGACUUGCGUUCCCAUCACCAUUCAUUGGGUCUGGCCUAUUCUCGCCGGCAUUCCUUUCGGAGCAGGAAAUACCUUAGUGUUCAUCUACGGAACGAAUUAUCUCGCUGGCUCAUACGGUAUUUAUUCGGCAUCCGCAUUGGCGGGAAAUAGUGUGGUCAGAUCGAUUGUUGGAGGUACAUUACCAUUGGCUGGGCCGGCGAUGUAUGGUGCGCUUAAACCGCAAUGGGCUGGAACUCUUCUGGGAUUAGUACAGGUCUUUCUGAUUCCCAUUCCUUUCAUUUUCUACAAAUGGGGAUCCAAGAUCAGAGCGAAGAGUCCAUUGAUUAAACAGAUGAGGGAGGAACAGGAGAGAAAUGAUAAGAGAGCUGCUAGGGCGAAGAGAAAGGAGGAAAGGAAAGCGGCGAUGGGUACAGAAAAUGGAGGAGUGAUGAGAGCAAGUGAGAAAGACAUGGAAAAGGGAGGCGAUGUUGUGACUGGGAUGGAAGAAAAGGCGUGACGGCAUGAGUAUGGGUGAUAUUCGAGAUGCGUUGAUAAGGGAUGAGAUAAUGAUUGUAAAAGUGAUAUAAAUGUGCAGAUGAUACCCAACGAUAGAAAAUAAUAAAAUAAUGUUUGAACUUAUA